GACCCCCGACGCCCGGGACCGGGACCGGGACCGGGACCGGGACCGGCCUCAGCCGCGGCCCAAGGACAUGGGAUGAAGAUGAGACGCCACAAGCUGUUUCUGACCCUGUGUAUGGCCGGCCUGUGCCUCAUCUCCUUCCUGCACUUCCUUAAGGCCCUGUCGUACGUGACCUUCCCGCGGGAGCUGGCCUCGCUCAGCCCCAACCUGGUGUCCAGCUUCUUCUGGAACCACGCCCCCGUGACCCCGCGGGCCAGCCCCGAGCCGGCCGGGGCCCCCGCCGAGGCCCCGCGGGCCCCGCUCUCCUCCCACUCGCCCCUUCUCCAGCCCCUGCGGCCCAGCGGGGCGGGCGAGGAGCUCCACCGGCUGGACUUCGUGCUCCCGGAGGACACGGCCGACUACUUCGUGCGGACCAAGGCCGGGGGCGUCUGCUUCCGUCCGGGCACGCGGGCCCCGGAGAGGCCCCCGGCGGGCCGGGCGGACGACAGGGGGGCGGGGGCCUCCUCGGGGCGGCCGGGCCGCCGGCCGCUGAGCGGGGGCGGGGGCGGGCCCAGGCGGCGCCGCAAGUGGGUGGAGUGCGUGUGCCUGCCCGGCUGGCACGGGCCCAGCUGCGGGGUGCCCACGGUGGUGCAGUACUCCAACCUGCCCACCAAGGACCGGCUGGUCCCCCGCGCCCGGCCGCGCCGGGUCAUCAACGCCAUCAACGUCAACCACGAGUUCGACCUGCUGGAGGUGCGUUUCCACGAGCUGGGCGACGUGGUGGACGCCUUCGUGGUCUGCGAGUCCAACUUCACGGCCUACGGCGAGCCGCGCCCGCUCAGGUUCCGCCAGCUGCUGCGCAACGGCUCCUUCGACUACAUCCGCCACAAGGUCCUGUACGUCUUCCUGGACCACUUCCCGCCGGGCGGGCGGCAGGACGGCUGGAUCGCCGACGACUACCUGCGCACCUUCCUGACCCGCGACGGGGUGGCCCGCCUGCGCAACCUGCGGCCCGACGACGUCUUCAUCAUCGACGACGCCGACGAGAUCCCCGCCCGGGACGGCGUCCUCUUCCUCAAGCUGUUCGACGGCUGGACCGAGCCCUUCGCCUUCCACCUGCGCAAGUCGCUCUACGGCUUCUUCUGGAAGCAGCCGGGCACCCUGGAGGUGGUGUCGGGCUGCACGGUGGACAUGCUGCGGGCCGUCUACGCCACGGACGGCAUCCGCCUGCGCCGGCGCGACUACUACACCAUGCCCGGCUUCCGGCGCUACGAGAACCGCACGGGCCACAUCCUGGUCCAGUGGUCCCUGGGCAGCCCCCUGCACUUCGCCGGCUGGCACUGCUCCUGGUGCUUCCCCCCCGAGGGCAUCUACCUGAAGCUGGUCUCGGCCCAGAACGGGGACUUCCCCCGCUGGGGCGACUACGAGGACAAGCGCGACCUCAACUACAUCCGGGAGCUGAUCCGCACGGGCGGCUGGUUCGACGGCACCACCCAGGAGUACCCGCCGGCCGACCCCAGGGAGCACAUGUACGCCCCCAAGUACCUGCUCCAGAACUAUCGGCGGUUCCGCUACCUGUUGGACAAUCCCUACCGCCGGGCGGAGGGCGCGGGCUGAGGGGGGGCCCCACCGGGCGCGACCGGGCCGCGCGAUCUGGCCUCCCGAGGCCCCGCUGCGGAGGGGUCU